UAUUAUUUUCUAUCUGUAUGCUUGGAAAUAAAAGAAACAAAUAUAUUACACAUCUGAACGGAUUACACAUGCUCUAUUUUAGUGUCAACCGCAGAACGAUAUUGGCUGUUUUGAUUGCAAGUGUACUACACAGAGUAAAAAGAAGACCAGAGAGCGAAACGAACGGACGGAAACAAAAAUUGUUUUCAAGAUUAAAGAUUCAAGAUUGAAGUCUGACGCGCUAACGUCACAAUUCCUUUUACGUCAUAAUUCCACAUUACAUUCGGCUAGCGGUUUUUCAGGUUUUCUAAAAAAAGAAUAAAUUAAUGUGUGAAUAAUCCUAAUCUAAAUGCAAUUAACGUGGAUCGGAACUCAGCCUGAGGCUAAUACGAUAAUCUGAUAAUUUAAUACGCGUACAAUAUGAGACACGCGCAUAAAUCAAUGGAAGGAUCAUAUACAAGAAUAAAAAAGUGAUGUCUACGAGAAACCGCGACGAGGAAGAGGAAGCAGACCUCAAAUUUAUUCCAAUUAUAUUACGUGUUGAAAUAUGCCUGAUAGAAGAUAGAAGGCCAAUAUACGAUCUUCUUCACGAUAUUCUCAGGAUUCAAAUCGCCGUUCACAGCGCGCACGUGACACACGGCACGCGGGAGAGAGCGUUUACCGCGUAUCGGAAACAAAGGAAAUUCCUUGCUGCGGGAAAAUUCUGUGAAGCUGUCGAAGAGGCGAUAAUCAUAUCAACGGCUUAUGGUUACACAGUCUGUUGUCCAGCAGCGUCAGCCAUUUCAUCAACAUUUACAGUUUAAGGAACGAACGGUCCCCGAGGUCUCGAGGAUGAGUCCUUCAGGUCACGCUCGAAGUUCCACGUUAUUCAGAGAAAUGCGCACAAUCGGAAAUCGCAGAUCUACGAUGAUCG